CGCGCAUUGAUACACAAGGAAAGGAAACUCCCUUCCCGUUUGAGCGCGACCCCCAACCGGACAGAGCUAUCCAGUUCCACUCAAUCGAGGACCCGUGAAAGUGGUGAAAAGUGCUUAUUUAUUUGGCUUCUUGGAUUCCGUGAGAUUUCAAAAUGGCAUCUGGUGUGACUGUAGCAGACGCUUGCAAGACGACAUACGAGGAAAUAAAGAAGGACAAAAAACAUCGGUAUGUGAUCUUCCAUAUCAAAGAUGAGAAGCAGAUCGACGUAGAAGUGAUUGCACCCCGAGAAGCAACCUACGAUGCUUUCCUUGAAGACCUGCAAAAGGGCGGUCCUGAAGAAUGCCGCUAUGGUCUAUUUGAUUUUGAAUAUACCCAUCAAUGUCAGGGAACCUCAGAGGCUUCCAAGAAACAAAAACUUUUCCUGAUGUCGUGGUGCCCUGAUACUGCUAGAGUUAAGAAGAAGAUGUUGUACUCUAGCUCAUUUGAUGCCCUGAAAAAAUCUUUGGUCGGUGUGCACAAGUCUGUUCAAGCAACGGACCUAGCAGAAGCAUCCGAGGAGGCUGUCGAAGAGAAACUUCGAGCCAAUGACCGGAAUUAAAAAGACUAAUUCCAAUAACCCAAAAAAUAAUAAUUAUUAUUAAAUAAAGAAGAAACAAAAAAAAUCCCUUACCCCAUAUAUCGCUCUGUACUCUACCAUCAAACGUUUCAGGGGUUCACUUUUUACAUAUUUUUCACUCUUCAGCCAAUUAUUAUUGGAUAUCAUGCUACAUACAUUUAUUAUUCAGCAAAUGAGGGGCGGGGAGGGGGGAGUGAAGGAUUGAUUGAUGGGUACAGGCUUUGAUUGAUUACAAAGAAGGGUGUAGCAAACGAGGGGAAACAUUUUUGUUUUCAUAUUGUGAACGUUGUGUGAAUCUGUCUGAUAUACAUAAUAAUAAUAAUAAUAUUAAUAUUAAUUAAUAUUCUGCUAUUACAAUUAAAGAUAAUGUAAUAAUUAUUAUUAUUGAGUUAUGAAAAGCAGUCAAAGAAAAAAUAAAAGAAGAGGGGAAGAAAAUGUAUGCAUCAGUUGAGAAGGAAAAAAAAUCGGAACAACAAAUCAAUUGAACUGCAGUAAUCAUAAUUGACAAGAAUAUUUCGUUUUUGUCACAGGCUGUAUAAUGUUUAAAUUAAACUCAUUUCAUAAUGA